GAUUGUGUCAUUUGUUUUUCAUUUACUUUGUCACUUGUUCACUACCUUCUAGCUAACACCAGAAAUGGCUGAAGCUCUCGUUUCCAACCUAUUAGCAAAGCUGGCUUUCAUCUCUUUUACACAGAUGGAACAAGAGGUGAGACUGAUCGUGGGCGUUGACAAAGAAGUUAAAAAUCUGACCCUCCAUCUCGAAGCUCUUCAAGCUGUGCUCCUGAAUGCAGAGGAGAGACAAAUCAAGGAGCCGGAUGUCCGGAGUUGGCUGAACAACCUCAAAGACGUGUCCUUUGACAUAACCGACGUAUUGGACGAGUGGAACACAGAGAUUCUCAAACACCGAAUUGAGAAGCAAGAAAAGCAUGGUGAGGAAGCUGUAGUUGCUCCAAGGAAGGUACGUUUCUUCAUUUCAUGUCCUAGCUGUCCCUGCAAUUGUUUUGGUCAAGUUGGUAGUGUAAGUGUGCGUCAUGACAUUGCUAAGAAGAUAAAAGAAAUGAAUGAAAGAUUAACUUUGAUAAGUAGUAUAAGACAGAAUUAUCGUUUUGAGAGAACAAUAAGAGGCAAUGAACAACUUGAACAUCCCAAAACGUCUUCUUUUGUUGAUAUAUCUAGAAUAAUUGGUAGAGAAGAUGAAAAAAAUAGUUUAGUUAGUAAAUUAUUACCAAGCCAGAGUAGUCAAGAAGGGAGGAGUCAUCCUGUCGUCCUUAUUGUAGGGAUGGGAGGAAUGGGCAAGACUGCUCUUGCCCAAUUGAUCUAUAACAAUGAAAACAUUAAAACUCAUUUUGAUAAGAGAAUUUGGGUUUGUGUGUCUGAUCCUUUUGAAGAAAUUAAGAUUGCCAAAGCCAUCAUUGAGGCUCUCAAUAUAUACGACAACCGAGUUAAUUCAAAUGAGUUACAGACUUUAUUGCUGUGUGUAUCUGAAUGUAUUGAGCAUAAGAGGUUUCUUCUUGUUUUAGAUGAUGUGUGGAACCUAAACAAUACUAAGUGGGAACAAUUAAAGGAAGCUUUACUGAAUGGUGCUUCCGGUAGUAGAAUUUUAGUGACCACACGUAAAGAAAUAGUCUCAAUUACAAUGCAAGUAACUACCGAUCAUGUGAUCUAUCUGAACAAGUUGAGUGAUGAAGAUUGUUUGUUAUUGUUUAAUCAAACUGCAUUUUUAGACGACAACGAAACAGACUUUAAAUUGUUUGCAGAUAUUGGAAAGGAGAUUGCAAAAAAGUGUCAUGGUUUGCCUCUUGCUGCGAAAGCUUUAGGUAGUCUUAUGCAGUAUAAGAAAACAAGAACUGAAUGGCAAAAUGUUUUAGAUAGUAAGAUAUGGAAUGUAGAGGAGGUUGAACAAGUUUUCCAAUCAUUGUUACUAAGCUUUUAUGAUUUGAAUCCAGCGGUCAAAACUUGUCUUUUAUAUUGUGCCACUUUUCAAAAAGAAUAUGAGUUUGACAAAAAUAUUUUGAUUGAGUUGUGGAUGUCACAAGAAUAUCUUAGUUUAAACCAAGAUAAAGAAAUAAUAAUAGGUCAGAAUUAUUUCAAUAGUUUAGUAAUGAGAUCUUUCUUUCAAGAUUUUAAAAAAGAUAAUGACGGGAAUAUUACAAAGUGUAAAAUGCAUAAUAUUGUGCAUGAUUUCGUACAGUUUUUCACAGAAAAUGAAUACUUUAUCAUGGAGGCUGACAAUGCUAAUGAGAUAAAUAUCGCACUAGCUAAUAAGGUUCGACAUUUGACAUUGAUGUUUUCCCCCGAUGGUUCAUUUCCUAUUUCAAUUUACCAUUUUAAGAGAUUGAGUACUCUCAUAGCUUCUUUUUUAAAAAUUACUACAAUAAACUCAAAUUUAUUUUUUGAACUGAGAUGUCUUAGGACAUUAGAUUUGAGUCAUAACGACAUUAAAGAACUUCCACAACAGAUUGGCGAACUAAAACUUUUGCGUCAUCUUGACUUGUCUUACAAUUUUGAUUUGGAAGAAUUGCCCAAUACUGUGGGUGAUUUAUGUAAUCUGCAAACUCUUCGAAUCAAUAACUGCUGGAAGCUUGAAAAACUACCUGACACUGUGAGAAAAUUGAUCAACUUAAAGCAUCUUCAUAUUGAGGAAUCCAAUAAAGUAAAGUUACCAAAAGACAUUGGAAAAUUGACAAGUCUGCAAACACUACAUGGGUUUACUGUCCAGCAUUUCAACUUCGAUCACUACAAAAUAUUCACCUUAGAAGAUCUGGAGAAGUUGGACCAACUUCAGGGUAGUCUACGCAUAAGUGAUUUAGAAGGGGAUGUAGAUAUGGCUGAAAAGGCGCAAUUGGUGAAGAAGAAACAUCUACUUCAUUUGUCUUUAGAAUUUGGGGUUGCGGAUAGUAAACAUCAGGAACUAUUGCUGAAUGCGUUGCAACCACAUACCAAUUUAGAAGUAUUAAUGAUCCAAGGUUACCGGGGAAUGGUACAUCCAAAUUGGAUGAUGUCUUUACACAAUUUGAGAAGCCUUACUCUUAAAGGCAACGAAAAUUGCGAGUUUUUGCCUCCUCUGGGGAAACUGCCAUCCCUUGAAGUUUUGAGAAUAUCAUGGUUGGAAAGGGUGAAAAAGCUCGGAGUUGAGUUCUUGGGAAUAGAAGAAUUACCAAACAGGCAAACAUCAUCCAUUACCAUUGGCAAUGCCGUUGCUUUCCCCAAAUUGAAACAACUCGAGCUGCAUUCACUAGAUAGCUUGGAAGAGUGGGAAGGAGUCACAGCUGGGUGGAGCGAAGAAGAAGAUGAUUCAGAACUUACAAUAAUGCCAUCUCUUUCUUCCUUACAAAUUGGGUACUGCAAUAAGCUGAAAAAACUGCCGGACUUGGUGUGGAAGACACCGCUGCAGAGACUGAGCAUUAAAUUUUGUUCAAUACUCACAGGAACAGGUAGACAGUGGGCCGAGAUGUCUCACAUCCCAAACAUCGAAAUCAAUAAUGUGUUUGUACAGAAAGGAGGAGUUCAGCUUGUGUCGGCAACUGACGAGGACGAUGAACACGAUGAUGAGAGCGAGAUCUGCCGUACUGAUUCACUUUACUGGAUUUCAACAAUGCCUGAGGAUAUAUCGACACGGCAGGUGUCUGAGGAGAGAUUGACGGGGAAGGUGAAGUGGUUCAACGACUCUAAAGGUUUCGGCUUCAUCACCCCGGACGACGACGACAGAGAAGAUUUGUUCGUUCACUUCUCGGCGAUCAAAUGCGACGGCUACCGCACUAUCAUGGAUGGCCUGGCCGUCGAAUUCCAAAUCGGGGUAGGCCCUCGCGGCUCGACCCAGGCCAUCAACGUCACUGGCCUCAAUGGCGCUGCUAUGCAGGGGCAACGGAAGGAGAGAGUGGAACGGUUCGGUUGGACGAGGCGGCGGUGAUGGCUGCUUUACUUGCGGAGGGUUCCGAUCCAUGGCGCUUCGGGGAACAACGAUGGCGGUGGUGCAUGUGUUUUUGGAUUUAUGCAUGCAGCUCAGUUAAUUAAGAAAAAAGUGCAUGAUUCAAGUGGAGUUUAUUUGCUGACUUUGCUGAAGGGUGUCCAGGGGCUUCAUUGGCUAAAGAAAAGCCUGUGGGUAAACAUUCUGCAGAAACUCCAAUUGGGCAACGAGAGAGUUGAGGGUUUGGGUUGAGAGCUUUUUCUUUUUUCU